GCAUGCGUAACUCUGUCUUCUGUCUGUCUUAGUUAUAUUUAUAUUUUCUUUUUCUGUUCUGCAAUAUUUUACAGAACGUUGAUUAUCUGAUUCUGAUCUCAUUAAUCUUUUGAGUUGUUAAGAAAUUUAUCUAUAAAAUAUUGCAGAUUAUGCACAGUACGCUAUAAUUGGAAUAAAUUAAAUAGAAUCGACCCGACAACCGAUCGCUUGUCGGACUAAAUUGAUCAAAUGAAUGUAAAUAAUAAAACAAUAAGUGCUCGGAGUCAAGUGUUUUCUCCGCCCACUGUAGUGCACAGAAUCACUUUGUUCAAAGAUCUAAUGGGCGUCAAGCAUAAAGUGUUUUUGUUAUUGUGAAAGUGUGGAACCCUUAAGUGGAGCCAGUGAUGAAAGUUGAUGAUAUUCGUUGACAAUGUCUGGAGAAGGUGAGCGUGCGUCGCGGCCAAACUCGCUACUGCUGGAAGCACCUCCGCCUGAGCGAGAACCACUUCAUUUUGAUGUCCAGUUGGUGGGAGCGCCACCAGAGGUCGAACAGCUCGUUAAUAACAUCAAACAAGUUGCAGAAGACUUCCUCUACCAUUGGAAAACAUUUCCUAUUAUUCUUCCGCCAUCACGAUUUACCGGACCCGGAAAUCGGCUUUCGGAUAUAAUCAUCGCUCCACCAUGUGACGAAUUGGAUGCAGCAGCGCUAGAUGCCGGCCUGGAGCCGCAUCCGCUCUCACCAAAGCAACUACACGCUAUCAGAGAGAAAGGUGAGUUCGAGGUGCCAUCGCGCCACUUCCCAGGACAGACGCACGUUUGGCGCGUGGCUGGUUGGCUGCAGCGCGGACGUGUGCGUGCACGCGAGGAGUUGUACUGCCAUGUAGCGCGUGCGGUCGCCCUAAUAGUGGUGGUCGCCAGGGACCGCCUGCUCCGAGAUGAGCCACUCUCUGUCAUAGCUGGGGCUAAGUCUAUGAUUAUGGGAUUACAAAGACUGCUGGAUCUUGCUUUUGGUAUGCCCUCGCUGGAAGCUCGUGAUCUCGAGAAGAAAAUACGCGAAGAACGAUCUCGAUAUUUAGUUGCAGAACUUAUUUGUAAGCCGGAGCAGCAAGAGGACAUCGCGCUAGUGGCGGCGUGGGUGUCACGUGCUAUGCGGCGUGCGGCCAGUGAGAAAGCAGACGCGCGAGACGCCGCCCGUGCUGUACCCGCAGUACCCUGUCUCUACUCCACGCCGCAGCGCACGCAGGUGGACCUACGUCUCUACCGUCGCGAUUUAUUACGUCGAGCUGCGGCGCCCCUACAAGCAAUAUUGGAGCGGGAGUCACGCGGCUGGUUCCUACACUUCCGCGAACGGAAAGCGGCACAGCUCGCCAGUCAGAAGAUGCCUAUGAAGGAUAUUGAAGAGGAAGUCCGCACGGCAGCAAUGCGCGAGUACAUAUCUCGCGUGUGCGGCGCCGUGCUGGAGAGCGAGCCGCUGGCCGCGCUCGGACCCGACGUGCCCGCGCUGCUCGCCGCGCAGCUGCGUGCUGCCGCCAUACUCGACAGGGCGGAGGAGGGAGUGCGGCGGCGGCUGGAGGCGGGCGUGGCGGCGGCGGAGGCGCGGCUGCGGGCGGCGCGGCCGCUGGCGGCGCGGGCGCGGGCGUGGCGCCGCGAGCGGCUGGCGGCGGCGGCGGCGCGGCUCCGCGCGGAGCUGCGCUGGGCCGCGCUCGAGGACGCCGCCGCCGCGCUGCACGCGCACGGCCUGCUGCAGCACCGCUACUUCCUGCUGCGGGACCUCGCCUUCCUGCGCGACAGGGAGCCGCUACUCGUCAAGGAGUUGCGCGCGGCGAAGAGUCCGCGGCGCGAGUUCACGUGGGCGACGCGCACGUGGGCGCCGGCCAACUGGGUGGUGGUGCGGCACUUCCGGGGGCGCUCGGAGCGGAUCCCCACCGUGCUGUCGGCGCGCGCCACCUCCAUCGUGACGCCGCGCUCCGACCCCUCGCAGCCCCCCGUGUUCCUCGUGCACAAGGAGCGCGUGCGCACCACCACCACGCGCUGGCCCGGCUGGCGGAUACUCAACUUAGCGCACAGGACCUGGUGCUGGAGCUGGAACAUGAUGUUCCUGCUGGGCGUGCUGGUUCCGUGGUGCUCGCCGCUGUCACUCCGCACUCUAAUCUGCGUCCGACCUUUCGUGCCUGACUACGAACUGUCACAGGUAAAUGGCACGCUGUUCCCUAAACGAAGCAGUGAGACGCAGACGAUGUGGUCGCGACUGCUGACACUGUGGAGGCACGUCUCCAAAGAACGGACGCGGUUUGAAACGGAGCCCGAUACAGAUUUUCAGAUGAUUGGUGACCCCGACGUGAUCAAGCAAGACGAAACCUGGGAAAACGACGAACUACAAGAGAUCUCUGGGCGGCAUCCUGGGGUCGCUGACGAUUGCUGUUGUUCCCGCUGGUGGCGCACCGGUACGGAAAUUCAAGCCAAAAAUGGUGUCACUGCGCAACAAGGAACCGCCAUACUACUGACCGCUAUAAUAUGCCCUUUCCUCAUCACAACGUUAACAAUGGCUCGCCGUACACGGAACAAACAUGGCACACCGGGCAUAUUUAAAGAAAAGGCAUAUAAAUUGACCUGCCGUGCUUCUGGAACCAUAAAAGACAGCCGUCGGAAAACUAGGCUCAGCACAGAACAAGGCGUGUUGCAACCGUUCGCCGCUAUAACCGACUCUAACAGUGGUUAUAGAUUUUUGGUGGAUACCGUAUCUCGGCGGCGUAGUGGUAAUCGCGCGGCAUGUGGGAGGACGUGGUGGUGCGCAGUUCUUCACGGUGUGUGGGUGUGCAUUUUUCUGGCGUCGUUAACGAUGCGCGGCGUGUGGGAGGAGGGUAUAUAUGGCGCGGCGUGGUGGCGCGGUUUUCGCGCGUACACCGACCAUAAACCACUAACUCAUGCUUUCUGCCGAAACCGCGUGGACGAGUCACCUAGAAGGAUCAGAUACUUGCAUAUCACGCGCGCCUACAGCAUAGGCGCUGGCGGCGAAUGGAGAAAAUCCGACCUACACCGCCAUCCACAAUCUAAUGCAAAAGUGGAAAGAUACGCGCACUUCGUAGACAGCCAACACAAGAAAUUGGACAAAAGACCUUUCUCCGUACAAAUCGACAAGAUACUGGUACUGCGCCGCCGAACUGUGUCCCUGGUGGCGGCGAACUGGCGGGAUGCGACGAUCGCCGUACACGCCGGGAAUGCGCUCAUUUACGAAACCGAUUGCCCCGACCCGCCGCGACUCAACAGGUGGCUAGUACUUUUUGAGGUGCUUCUAUGGCGAAUAGGUAUACUGGGCGUGUUGCAACCGAUCGCCGCAUUCAUUGUUGCAGUUGUUUUCUGUCCAUUGUGCGCUCUACUGCUACUUGUUGGGGGCGUGGCGUGGUGGGCGAUGCGCGGCGUGUGGGAGGAGGCGUGGUGGCGCGGCGUGGUGGCGCGGCUGGCGCGCGUGCCGGCGCACGACUCCGCUUUCUGCCGCCGCGUGGACGGGCCCGGCCUGCACACGCGCGCCUACUACCAGAUCACGUGUGCGCAAGCGCUGGCGGCGGCGACGGCCCGCGGCGAGCUGGAGGCGCUGGCGGCGUGGGCCGCCGACCUCGAGCGCGCCAUCGACCGCCCGCUGCGGGACUACGCGCACUUCGUAGACGCCUGCUUCGGACCUUUCUCCGUACAAAUCGCUAAGAGCGGCGCGUACCGGCAGCUGGAGCGUGAGUGCGGCGAACUGGCGGCGUCGCUGCGGGAGAAGGUGGCCGCACGCCGCCGCGACCUCGCACUGCCGCUCUCUGACGCCGCACGAGCGCGCGUGCGCAUGCCCGCCACAGACCUGCGGCGGGCGGUGCAGGCGACGGCGAGCGAGUUGUCUCGCGUGUGGGCCAGCGUCGCUCGCAGCGAGGACUGGUGGAGUGCGCGCGGCCUCGAGCUCGGCGACUGGCAUGCACUCGCCGCUAAUACGCUCGUGGAGGUGUUCGACGCGGAAGUAUUGGUGGCGCUGGAGGAGAACGAGGCGCGGCUGCAGCUGGAGAGCGGCGCGGGGGACGGCGCGCGCAGCUGGACGGCGCGCUGCGGACGAGACGACGCCCCGCCCGACGUACUAGCGGAGCGGGACGACUGGCGCCGGGACACUGCCGGCUCGUGGUCCGAGUGGUGGUACGGAGCGGCGCCACGUGUGCCACCGCCGUCGUUGGAGUUGUCUGCGUUCAAUCCUCGCGCGCCACCGCAGCCGCCGCUUCCGCCGCCGGCCGCUGUCGCUCUAGUGCUGCACAACAGAGAAUCAGACAACCCAGUGCCAUUAGAUUCGGAGCUGUGUGCCGAAAUAUUGAAAUCUUUAGAAGACGCGCCGGACUCGGAUGAUAGACCAGAGUGCGUAGAGCGGUACCGCGGUGGCGGUAGUGACGUCGGUACCAGCGAUGCCAGCGACGUUUCGCCCGACGACGACCACCCCCAGAGCGAUCAUAUCUCCAGGGCAAAGGUCUCGUCCGCGGGCGGCGGCGCUGCGUGCCGCUGGACGCUGACCGGGCGCGGCGUGCGGCUGCGGGCCGACCUGGCCAGCCCCGAGGACGUGACGCUCGACGCCGACCGCCACGUGGGCACCUCCGUGUGAGCGGCGGGCGGCGGGCCGACCUGGCCAGCCCCGAGGACGUGACGCUCGACGCCGACCGCCACGUGGGCACCUCCGUGUGAGCGGCGGGCGGCGGGCCGACCUGGCCAGCCCCGAGGACGUGACGCUCGACGCCGACCGCCACGUGGGCACCUCCGUGUGAGCGGCGGGCGGCGGGCCGACCUGGCCAGCCCCGAGGACGUGACGCUCGACGCCGACCGCCACGUGGGCACCUCCGUGUGAGCGGCGGGCGGCGGGCCGACCUGGCCAGCCCCGAGGACGUGACGCUCGACGCCGACCGCCACGUGGGCACCUCCGUGUGAGCGGCGGGCGGCGGGCCGACCUGGCCAGCCCCGAGGACGUGACGCUCGACGCCGACCGCCACGUGGGCACCUCCGUGUGAGCGGCGGGCGGCGGGCCGACCUGGCCAGCCCCGAGGACGUGACGCUCGACGCCGACCGCCACGUGGGCACCUCCGUGUGAGCGGCGGGCGGCGGGCCGACCUGGCCAGCCCCGAGGACGUGACGCUCGACGCCGACCGCCACGUGGGCACCUCCGUGUGAGCGGCGCUCACGCGUCGCCUAGCGCAUACAUAGCGGUAAAUUGCUUGAACGCUAUUUUAUUACCGUGUCCAUAGGCCUGCUGACUCACUCAAAAAAUCUGCACAUUGCUCCAUCAUGUUUACUUUUACAAAAAUUGUAGACACUUAUUUUACUCGUAAAGUUAACAUUUAAUCGUCAAACAUCAUAAUAAAAUUAUAAAAUAAUAUAUAUUUUUUAAAUGUAUCAAGAAUAAAAUAUAUUGUACCUUAUUGAAAAAAGAGAAAAGAGAAAAACAUUUUCGUCACAUCAUUCCAAUACGUCUUCUAAUUAGUAUUUAAUCUAUAAUAGAGAAUUGAAUGCCUAUAAUUUUAAAUUUUAUUAAUUAAAACAAAGUCAUGCAUUUAAUAUAACUUAACAUUGCAUUUUUUUACUGAUUCAUCAUGCCUAUUGCGGACUAAUAAAUCAUGUUCAAGUUGUUGUCGCGAACUGUAAUUAUGUCAAACUUCGAUCAACAAUACUACUACUAAAUGUAAAAAGUGAGUUCUUAGUUGAAGACAAAGCAAAAUGGCUGAAUGGGCCGAGUCCUUUUGCCGUUCCCUGGGAUGAGAAAAACCUAACAAAAAAACAGUGAGUUCUUAUUUUGAAAUAAUCUAAUUUAUGUUUCCACAAAUAAAACUGUACUUUAUGAUUUGUUAUUAAGGUUUAAAAUCUAUAUAAGUCAAUAUAGUUCAUACAUUUUAUUUUGAAUGGUAUAAAGAGGCGAUAAUGUUUGAGUUUUGUUCAACGAAACACGUUACCUAGUAAUAUUAUUGAUCGAAGGUGUUCACGAAUAAAUAACAAAAUACUCAAUAAUUUACAAAUAGUUUGUAAUGUAACAUUUUCGCUGGUCGAUGCUCUAGGGUUUAUACACACUGCCUACUUUAUGAGCCUACUGUAGCCAUAAACAAAUUGAAAUUAGUUUUAUUUGCAUAAAAACUUGUGAGCCAAUUGCAUAAUAUAUGAUAUAUAAUAUCGUCAUGUGACAAAAAAUUAUAUAGUCUUUACAUCUUGUAUUUAACUAAUGUGUUUUAAUAUAUGAAAUUAGUCUUUUGUCUAUGGUUAAUACUUGUUU